AAAAAAUUGGCGUCUUUUUUAUGCAAACCAAAUGUACAAAAACUUGGACCUUGACACCCUUAGCGUGGAUGACAUCGUGGAGGAGUACAAGCUGCUGCACGAUCGCCACCAGCAGCUGAAAGACCAGAGCGAAAAGGAUGCGCAAAGGAUUUAUGAGCUAAAAAGGAAUCUGGACACUGCCCUCGCCGCCGAAUCGUAUUUGACCCAGGAACUGGAGCAUCUGAGUAGCCAGCCUGUGGCCAUCGCGUCUGGAGGGAAUGGCCAGGAACUGGAGGAGCUGCGUCGAAAGUUCAAGACCCUGAAAGAGGAACAGGAUGUCCUACAGCAAGACUACGACGCCAAGGUGGAGGAGACCAGAUCACUGAAAGAUAAGCUGACUGCCGCUGAAAAGAAUCUGGCGGAAAAGUCCGCCUCCAGGUCAAAUCAGCUUCACGAUGACUUUUUUGCCCGUUUGAAUGCCCUAGAACUCGAAAACUGUGAGCUGUUGCAAAAGCUGGCCGAGUAUGAGGACUUGCGCAUCGCAAACACUCUGGCGGUGGCUGAAAAAGAGAAAACCAUCGAAUGUCUGCAAGAUCGGGUGAGCUGCAUGGAACAGAAUCUGAACUGCAAGCGGGAUGAACUGGAGGAAAAGCUGCAAUUGCUGGAGAGUUGCCAGGAGCAACUGGUGGAUGCCAAUGCCAAGAUAGCACUGCUUACCUCCGCCCCUGAAAACAAUGACCGCAAGGGCAACUCUCUGUUCGCUGAGGUGGACGACCAAAGGCAAGCGAUGAAGCAGAUCCUGGCGGCCCAGAAAAAAAGCUAUCUGGAUAUGAAGAAGAUCUUCACGGACAGCCAAUUUGAGAUCAGACGUCUCAAGCGGGAAAACGUGGCCAUGCACACGGAGCUGCAGGCCUGUAGCACAAUCUUUUGCAGUGCGGACAAGACCUAUCAAAAUAAGCUGAAUGAGCGCAUCCGGCAACUGAUGACUGCCAACGACAGCCUAGAGCGGCAGCUUAAUCUCUCCCAGGAGCGGCUGCGCCAGCUGGCCAGCGAGAAGUCGGUCACCUGGCUGGACUCGAUGCUGGAUUUCUGCAAACGCGAAACGGACGAGCUGAAGGCGCAGCUGCAUAGCAUGCGAAUCCAGAAGGCCGGACUGGAGGAACGGAUGCGAUGCGUUCAGCAGGAAAUGGCACGCUGGCGCUUUGAGUCCCUAAAAUCCCGCUGUGUGCUCAUUGAUCGCGAAAAUCUGCUGGCGGAGCAUAAGAUCGUUUUCAAGCCCAUGCAGGCCAUGGAGUUUAACAUCAAGGAGGCGGAACUUAAAACUGCAUUGCCCCGCAUUGUCAGUGUAGCGGCACAAUCUCCAUCAUCAUCAGCUCAACUACAUACACAUCCAGAAACAUCUUUGAAAUCGGCUGCGGAAACCACAAGCAAGUCUUUUCCAACUGCAACGGAAAUUAUUGUUCUUGAUGCGCCCUUAAAGCCUGCCAUUAAAGAAGAGGUAGUGGAGCCACUUAGCCAAGAAUUAAAACCAGCACUAAAAGACACAUCCGUAAAAGUCGAACAGGAACUAGAGGUAUCCGAAAGCAAGGCUUGUAUAAAAAGAACACCUAUUAAGACAAUUAUGGGUAUGAAAAUAAAACGAGAAAUCGACUUAAACUUGGAACAGCAGGACGCGGUUGAUAUCAAAAAGGAGUUGGAAGCUCCAGAAUUAAUUCCAAAACCGCAGCUGAAAGGCACUCCAGUCAAAGCCAAAAACGAUGGAGUAACACCUCAAAUGAAUAUACAAGAAGAUGAAAACGAAGAAACGGGUCUAAAUUCCGUGGAAACCCCAGCCAAACCUUUGAUGAAGGGUACCCCAGUUAAGCAGCGACUGGGAGGGAUAAAGGUGAAGUCCAACGAAGAACUGCUGGGAGCAAGACUGCCUGGUACAGUAACGCCUGCUAAACCGCAGCGCAAAGGAACUCCUGUGAAGCUCAUAAAGCUGGAAACGGAAACUGAAGACAGCAGCGAUGAGGCGGCCAAGGAAUCUCCCAUCAAGCAAGAUGGGACAUUGAGUGUGGAAAUUCUGGACAGUCCAACGCCACAAAAACCGCAGCGCAAAGGAACUCCUGUGAGGAUUCCCGUCAUCAAAGACUCGACCAACGAAAAUAUCCGCUCUAUCCUCAGCAAAAAACGGCAAGUCUUCGCCGAAGAUUCGCAAAAGGCUGUGAAGUUUAGCGCGAACGAUCCCAUUGUUCACAAUUUGAGUCCGCUUGAGAGAUGUCCAAAUGGGGAAACCACCAAGGAAAAUGACAAGCCAAAGGAAAGUGAAGACAACCAGGACGUAAAACCCACAAUUAAGAAGCCAAACAUCAUACGGCGUAUUGUUGUGAGCUCUCGUAAACCAAUUAUGAAAUGAUUGCAUGAAUUCCAAUGGAAAUUUUAAAUCGAAUUUAGACUUAUAAAAACUUAACAAAUAAUAACAACGCAGGGCACAGCAAAUCAGGGUGCAGAGACUUUAUUCUUUACAAAUACACUACGAACUAAAAAAAAACUUAGCAAUAAAAACAAAUCAACUCUUUAUU